GCGCCCCCUUGUCCGGAUUGUUAGCAGAUUUUGAACUUUGAAAUUUUUGAAAUCGCACGACUCAAUGGGAAUAUCUAAAUUGAGGGUUAAAAGAUAAUAAGAUUUGUUAAAUAAUCUUUUUAAAAAUUGAACAAAUAUGUUUUAAAAUCUUGUAAAUAUCGUAAUGUGUAACUCAAAAUGGCUGAUGAACAGGAAUUAUUCUUGAUUGAGUUUCUGGUCGACAAAGUUAAAAUUCCUGUGAUCAGAGCUAUGCAAGAAGAAUUAUUACCAGCCUCCACGUGUGUUUCAUUUCAAAUUCUCAGUUUACCCCCAAUCGACAUUUGCCAAGAAGCUUUAACAGACGGCUGCGGUUGUAUCGAGGGCGACACGCAAGUUUUCAAGAAGGGUAAAUCCUGCUUGUUCGCUUUGCCGUCGAUAGUUCUUCAAAGACCUUUGACCACCUUCCCCAUAAAACUCUCCGUCUACAAAAAAUUGCCACCUGGAGUGUUACCGGACGUAAUGUUGAUCGGUUCGUACCAGAUCGAGGCGAAAGCGAUAAUAAACGCCGUGUUGAGCCAACAGGUGUUCAAAAUACCUAAUCCUUGUCAAACGAUCAAGGACACGUUUAAAAUCACAACAACGACCGGACAAUGCGUUGGAUCCGUGACAGUUUACAUAAGAGCUUCCUGUUUCGGCAAGAAGAUCAUCACCCAGUUUCAAAUACCGCACAAUAGGAAACCGUAUCUUUUCAAGGGGGCGGAUGACAGUCCUGUUUUUCAAUGCAAAAAAAUACCCUCCGAGUGUUACACACCGGCCCCUGUUAAAUGUACCUGCACAAAGAAGUGCGAUGGAAGUGGUGAGACGGUAGGAAGAACCUGUUGUGCGACACCGAUCGUGCAAACGAACUCGUGUCCUCCGUUACCUAAACAACCCGAUUACGGUCCACGACCUUGCUGCGCCUCGCGUCAAGGAAAACAGUGUCCAUGCUCACCAAAAGCACGACGAAAAGAGCAACAGACGUGUCCCUGUUCGACUGAUCAAACUUUCGCUGCGAUACGCGAAGCAGCUCGUCAAGAAGGAAAAUGCACUCCAUGUGCGGAACCACCUCCUUGUCCACCUUGUUGCGGUGCUUCCACGCCGAAAAAGUUUUCCGAUCUGAUUAGUAAAGAAACCGUGAAAAAAUGUGGAUGUCCCGUGAAGGAUUAUAGUUGCAAUUGUUGUAAAUCUAAAUGAAAGAAGAUAUUUUUCAAGGAAAAUGCGUAACAAUUAAUCAACCCGUAUCAUGCAUUAAUUAAGAUUCUUACUGAAAACAUACUAAUAACUCUUCAAUUGGAGGCGAUAUUUCUAUACGUUCUCCUCGAUCCGAAUAGAAAAACGAGACAGAUAACACCAGCAAUUAAAGAGGAAACUUUCUCGCAAUUAAAACGGCCGGAAGAGGUGAUUGGUGAACCGUGUUGGGAAAGGAUAGAUGUCAAGAAUGGGGAAAAUGCAAAAACAAUGGAGCGGGGAGAUGAAAAAAAGAAGCGCAAGUCAAAGAAAGUGGCGAAAGAAUUGGAAAGAAAGAGAAAGGAGCGGGAAGAAAGAGAGAAGCGCGAGGAAGAGGAGAAGGAGCGUUUACGCAAAUGGGAGGAAUGUUGGGAAAGGAAGUUUCAGGCCCAGCAAGAACGCGAUCAUGCGGAAUGUUGCGUGGAUAAAGGUUUCUGCGUUAAACCGAGGACACAGUCGAAUAUUUGGAUCAAUAUUACUCAGGACAGAUCACUCCAAGAAAUACAUAUGUCCAUCAAACACGUCCCAAUUCCAAAACCAAAGCCUCCACCUCUGCCGCCUUUGCAAAAACCGAAGGUUAGAAUUUCCUCACCGGUGGAGAAAAUCGUCACAGUGAAAGAAAAAGAAACGAAAAAAGUUGAGAAAGAAAUAAGCACGGAAAAAAAGAAGAAGAAAUAGUGAACGAGUUCAUUCGGUGAAUGAUUCGAUCGUUCUUUUUCUCUGCUUUAUUGUUUCUUUUAUUCUUUUCCUUCGUUUUCAUUUUCAUUCUUACUUUCUUUAUUAGGCAGUUUAUUUCUCUGCUCGUCGAGAUAUUUAUAAAAAUACAUCGAAAUCCACGACAACGACGUCACGACAUGUUAUUUUCGUCGUGUUCGGGGUACAGUUCGGCGAAGUACAGAAAUGGAAAUAGUGGAGAAACAUAAAAGAAAGAGUGGGAUGUUCUCCCUGUUUGCACCAGUUUUCAUUCUCUUUCAUUAUUCUUUUGCUAAAUGUCACAAUACUCUAUGUAACGAAACGACCUAAAAAUGAAAGAAUUUCUUCGAUACUGUUUAAUAAUAUAAAACCGAUUACAUAUGUAUAAUAAAAAAUAAAUUACCAACAAACAAAUAAA